CUCCGAAGGCCAUAAUUCAAGCCAUUUCCCUUCCCUUCUCUUUCUUCUGGUCCGGCGGUCUCUGCCUCCCGUCAUUCUCAGUCCUAACUUCCCCAGACUCUUUAACCUCUACCUUCUGCAAUCCGUUCCUUAGGAAUGGUCGAUGGCUUUUUAGGGCAAAUGGGUCAGGAGAGUAGCGGGCAACUGAAUUCUAGCUCUGACCAUGACGGCUCCGGUGAGGGAGAGCCCGGUUCUCCUCCAGGCGGCACGGCUUCCACUUCCAGCAACCAACCGCGGCGCUUCCCGUUGGCGGCUCAGCCGGAGAUUAUGAGAGCCGCCGAGAAGGACGACCAGUACGCUUCUUUCGUCUAUGAUGCCUGCCGCGAUGCUGUUCGUCAUCUCUUCGGUACAAGAGUUGCUCUGGCUUACCAAAACGAGACGAAGCUUAUUGGGCAGAUGCUUUAUUAUAUAUUGACAACAGGUGCUGGCCAGCAAACCCUUGGGGAAGAGUACUGCGACGUUAUUCAGGUUUCAGGGCCUUAUGAACUUCCACCAACGCCAGCCAAGAGGGCUCUUUUCAUUUUAUAUCAGACAGCUAUUCCUUAUCUGACUGAAAGAAUUAGCUCAAGAGUUGCUUCCCGUGGUAUUGCUCUUUCUGAGCUGCAGUCUGAUGACGACUACGGUGAAAUGGCUCCAGGGGGAAGUAAUAGGGUUCAGACUUCUGCAAUGGUAGAUGUUUCAUCUUACUCAACGCCUGGAAGAUCAGUUUCAUUACUAUCAAACUUAAAGCAGAAACUAUAUAGCCUUUGGUUGCUCACAGUUCGAAGAUGGCCUGCUAUGCUCCCUGUGGCUCGGGAAUUUUUGCAGUUGAUUCUACGGACAAACUUAAUGUUUUUCUACUUUGAAGGUUUAUAUUAUCACAUAUCUAAACGAGCAGCUGGCAUUCGUUAUGUUUUCAUUGGGAAGCCCUCCAAUCAAAGACCAAGGUACCAAAUACUUGGUGUAUUCCUUCUAAUUCAGUUAUGCAUCAUUGCGGCUGAAGGUCUUCGAAGAAGUAACUUGUCCUCUAUUUCAAGUACAGUUCAACAGACAUCCUUGGGGUCUCGCCAAACUGCAGGCCAAGGUCUUCCCAUAUUCAACGAGGAGGGAAAUUUGGUAUCCAUGGAGACUGGCAUGGGAAUUUCAUCGUCAGAUGCACCAUCAACGUCAGAGGUAACAAGCAGUGGGGUCAGCAAAUGUACGCUCUGCCUGAGUGAUCGUCAGCACCCAACUGCCACAGCAUGCGGUCAUGUGUUUUGCUGGUUCUCUCUCUGUCUUUCAUCUCCUUUUCACGGUGCUGCAUUAUGUACUUUUCUCAUCAGAACAUGGAUCGUUAAGGCAGUCUCCUUUUAUGCAGGAUCUGUAUUAUGGAGUGGUGCAACGAGAAGCCAGAAUGCCCUUUGUGCCGCACUCCAAUUACUCAUUCAAGCCUUGUUUGCUUGUACCAUUCCGACUUCUAGCAUGUCUGAUACUUGUAUCAUUGUAUGCUGAUACUUGCACUGGAGAAAGGAGAAGAGUUGGACUGCUUUGACAGCUCGUCAUUGCCACUAGGUUUAGUAAUGGAGCUCAGAUUUUCUGUGCAUGUAAAAUUCAAUGUUAUGGAAACAACUGGACAUUAGCUACAAAUAAGAACUGCAACUGGGUAUUGAUAAAGCAAAACAAACCCAGCCAGCUGUUUUUUUUAAUGAAUGUGGUUAGCCCAUAGUAGUUACAAGGGAUUCAACUCAUGGUGGUAGGAAAGCAGGAGCAUAGCUAUUAUCCAAUAACAUUGAAUUCAAAGUAGGAAAGAGUUGACGGGAUAUGAUUAUGAGGAUUAGGUAAAUGCUUGUGCUGACUUUGGUGGUGAUGUUGUAUGCACUGUUUCUUUUAUCUCUGAAGAUUCUUGCAUUCCUUUGAAGCCAAAUGUUCCAUAAUGUAAUCAACGGGAGAAGUCGAAUGACUUUUUUGA